UGUGCACUGGCUGGUGGAAGGUAUUAUUCAGGGGAGAAGAAAGCGCCGGUCCUGACCAUCUUCAUCGGUGGCAACCAUGAAGCUUCGAACCAUCUGCAAGAGCUUCCGUAUGGCGGCUGGGUGGCUCCGAACAUAUACUAUUUGGGUUAUGCCGGCGUCGUGCGCUACAGAGGUAUACGGAUCGGUGGCCUUUCCGGGAUUUUCAAAACGCACGAUUACCGAAAAGGGCACUAUGAGUUUCCACCAUACAGCCAAGAAACCCUGCGCAGCGUCUACCACAUCCGAAACAGCGACGUCUUUAAGCUUAAACAGGUCCGCAUGCCCAUAGAUGUGUUCAUGACGCACGACUGGCCACGAGGCAUCUACCACUAUGGAAGCACAGAGCAGUUACUGAGGAAGAAGAAGUUCCUGCGUGAGGAGGUGGAGUCGGGCACACUGGGCAGUCCGGCCGCCGCCGAGCUCCUCGAUCACUUACAGCCCUCCUACUGGUUCUCUGCACAUCUGCACGUCAAAUUCGCUGCAAUGAUGCAGCACGAGGCGAAGGGUAAUGCUGCUCCUAAGACGACCAGAUUCCUCUCUCUGGACAAGUGUCUUCCUUACAGAGACUUUCUUCAGGUGGUGGAGAUCGCAGAUAGACCCGGCUCCUCUGAACAGCUGGAGUAUGAUCCUGAGUGGUUAGCUAUCUUGAAGGCCACCACUCGCCUUCAGAAACCGUCACCAAACAUCUGGCACCCGCCUGAGAAUAACGGCCUUCACUCUCGUUGGGACUACAGUGUAUCAGAGGAAGCCAUGUUGGAGAUAGUGAGUGCUUUAAAUGGUGAUCUCAGCAUCCCUGAGAACUUCAGUCCAACCGUUCCCGCUUAUGACCCUUCCCGCCCUCAGCACCACGCCCCUCCGGCCUACUGCACCAACCCCCAAACCACUGAGCUGUGUGCCACCCUGGGCCUCGUCGACAUCUACGCCCUGGCAGGCCAGAGUGCGCAGAUCUCUACAUCCUGCAGAGAGGAAGGAGAAGACGAGGACGACGAGGACAACCAGAGCUCGGGUAGCACAGACGAAACCAGCGAGUACCCCACUGACACCUCGAUGCUCUCAAACUCCUACAACCCUGAUGAGAUCACCCUCGAGGAUGAGUGGGAGAAGGGGGGGGAAGAGGAGGAGGAGGAGAAGGAUGGAGGAGAGGUACAGAAGACCGGGACGGAUGCAGUGGUUCCCGAGGCUCCAUUAGGAGCCCAGGACAGUGAUCGGGACAGCAGCCCCCAGCGAGACGCUGUGGGCAGACUCGUUUUACCAGCUCCUCGCAACACAUCCGAGACGGACGAGCCCUUAGAUAUGCCUCUCAGAUGUCCUCCGCCUUCUGCACCAUGUUUCUCGCAUACAAGCUCAGAAGAAGAGGGCGCCACAGCACCAGCGAGAGUCCCUAAGCGCCAUAGUGGAGAAACCAAGGGAGCAUUAACCCCUACAGGCAGCACCCCAAAGAUCAAACGGCGCAAUCAGACCAUCUAUGCAGCAGCUGACGACGAGGAGAGUUAGAAAAGGAGUGAGUGAUAUUGUAUAGACUGGUGCAAAAUCAUUUUUUGUUUACCUAAGAGAGCUUUUAGUUGUUUUUUAUGAUUGUAUUCAUUUAAGUGCAUUACUUUAAUGAAUGAGCUGUUAUGGGUUUUAGAUAACAAAGCUGUUAUUAUGGGCUUUUUUUUUUUGUUUCUUAAAUGCAAUCAUUGUCAUACAAGUGUAUGAUUCUUAGUGUCUCCAUCCUGUGUUUAUUGUUCAUGAUAAAUUUCUUUUCGUGUUUUUCCUGAUCAGUCACCUUUUUAGACAAGCUGCGAGUGUUUACUAAAGUAGAAGCAUUCAGGACAAACAUAACCUUCAGUAGGGUUAAUUACAAAAUCCACAAUAAAACACACAAUGGAUUGGGUCGAGUAUAUUAAAA